GGAUGCUGCAAGGACCUGAUGCGUCUCCCAAUCAGCGUUUCUCACUCGCAACAUCUAAAGUGUCUUUCUCUAGAAAAUUUUACAAAUCUUGCAAAAGAAGAAAUAGGUCUAUCCAUUGGGUACUCCACGUGUCUUAACGAUUCACAAAUAACAUUAUCCAGAACGAUUAAGAGGUCUGAACCAGAAUCAAGUGCUGAAUUACAACGACAACUCUUGUCGUCGCUUUAUUGGUAUCUUGACGACUUCUCUAUUUAUAGCACAACCACUUUGCAAGAGUUUGAUCUAUCUUGGAGUGCUAUUGUCAGCCUUCCCCCAACAAUGAAAAUAUAUGUUGAAUUGAGGAUUCUCAGAUUGUGCCAUUGUGAGAAACUUCAAGAAAUUCUACAUCUUCCACCAAAUAUACAAGAGCUAUAUGUCAGAGAGUGUUUCUCCUUGGAACGAUUCCCAGAAGUAUCAACAAAAUUUCAAUUCUAUACAUCCUGUGGCUUGCGAGAGCUAAGAUGGAUUGACUUGUCCGAUUGCCAUAAAUUGGUAGCAAAUAUAGGGAGUCAAGUGCCAAAUCCUUCAUUUGUUGAGGAACAUAUUCAAGACCAUUCAUGUGGUAUUAUAUUUCCAGGGAAUAAGAUUCCAGAUUGGUUUAGCCAUACUAAGGAGAUUUCAAAUGGUGAUGAUUCUUGUGAAUUGGAUAUUAGUGGUCCCUUGUAUUUGGAAGAAAUCAUAGGUAUUGUUUUUUGUGCUGUUCUUGGAUCCGACCCGGAUUACCCCUUGGGGCCCUUCUCCGGUAUUUGUGUUUCUAUAAAUGGUAACAUGCUUGUAGAAGCGAGGUUUUACUUAUAUGGAGGCUCGGAUCAUGUAUAUCUAAAUUACUCGUUUCCAGAAUGUAUCAGGCAAUUGCUGCGGUACCCAACAGGAGACAAUCUGAGGUUUAGAUUUUAUUGUGAUUCUUAUAAAGUGAUGUUUAAAAGUUGCGGAGUUCACAUAAUCUAUAAGCAUGAAGAUAAUGAGAAUUUAACAGUUGGGGAGUGCUCAGUAGAUUCAUCGAAUGGUAUCCAGCUUUCUAAGAGACGUCGAGAUAAUGAAGACAGCAACUUGGAAUUCAAUGGGUAUCCACAACACAAGAGAUGCUCUCAAGACUUGGGCAAUUCAAAUGCAACAUAGUCAGGCUCGCCACAAUCGUAUUCUUGCCAGCCAUUUCACGCACAAAUUACACCAUCUUCUUCCUUCGAUUGGAGUGACUUCCUCCGCGAACUUGUUCCCUGUCCAGGCUUUCAGGAACAACAAGAUCUCUACUUAAAGGGAGUCUCAGCACCAACCAAUUACCCUUCAACUCUCGAGCAAAUACCCCAGUUAAACUAUGAUACUGGGAAUUAUAAUGGCGUAAAUUGAAUUUGACAUCAGGGUGGUUUUGAGACAUUUGAUUUUGGAUCCACAAGUGGAGCUCAAACAAGCAACAGGUCAGAAGCUUCAUCAUCUGUGAGUUCAUUUGUGGAGGCUAUUCGGGAAUAGGACAGUGAGAUGCCAGCAGAAUUUCCAGAUAUUUUAGAUGCAUCUUUUGAUUACUAGGUACUAUAAUAUGGUUCUGUUACACUAGUAGAAAAUAAUAAUAGCAGAAUUCAUAGUUUCAAUGGGUGGUUUCUCGAGUCUCGUUUGGAAUUCUUAUUGCCUCUUUCUUCGCAUCAGUUCUCCAAGAACGAUCAGCGUGCAGUUAUGCUUGUUUUGGCCUCUCUUCUGUUUUAGAAGAAUUGUUAAUGGAAAGAUGAGUUUUUAGGUCGAUCUCUCAAAGCUUUGCAGGUGAUUUCUACUUCUCAGUCGGCUGACGGAGCUGAAUUCAAGAAACAUAUAUUCUCCACAGGCUGUACCAAGAGGGAUGUUCUUUUUCUUUGCACAAUCUCUUAGACAGCCUGAAGACACUCAUUGCAAAGAACUCCCUAACCCCCAUCGCAGCUCUGUUUUCCACUUUUUCUCUUCUACUCCGUCGCCAUGACAAAGCAAGAUGAUCUUGAACAAAAUGCAAACACUUCUUUUUUUCCUCCUUGUGGUUGUAUAAGUUUCCACUUCAAAGACACGCAAAGUGCUGCUUUGUGGGAAUUGACAUAUUUAAUGGGAAGAAGCUUGAGGAUAUCGUUCCUUCAUCCCACAACUGUGAUGUUCCUCAUGUUGCUCGCACUGAUUAUCAGUUCUAUUUCCCCCAUUGUGAAGCCUGAUACGAUUUUAAGUAGCACACAGAUGAGUGCUGAAUUUUCUUUUUUUACAAUGCUAGAUUGCAUCAUAUAGAAACUUAUUGUAACACCAGUGGAUCACUUCCCUCUGAUCAGAUGUAAAAGCAAUGGCAUCUUUCCACAUCAGCCAUAGCCAGCAUAUAUGUUAUUUAAUUUUUUGGGCCAACGUCCUUAAUUUCCUUUGAUGUGAUAAAUCUUCAAUGCUCCCACGUCAAGAAAUCCCAAAAGUCUAAAGUUCAUACAAGAAAUUCAAUAGAACAAUCUUAAUGGGUGUUUGAUUUUGACGUUUGUUUAAUUUACGUGGAAGGACUAAUUAUUCAAUUCAAAACCGUGUAAAUGUUAUUGCAAGUUGGCUUAGCAAGAAACUUCCUACGCAACUUCAUUUAAAUUUGUACUUGGAAGAAGAUAAUUAAAACUGAUUUGCGUCAUGUCGACAAAGAUCAGCUUUCUCAAAAGAAUUAAGGUGCAUGAGAGAAACUAUAUAGGAAGUCAA